CACAGGCCUCUACACAUGUUUAGUAGCAAGUCUGUAGCAACAGCAAAAGAAAAAAGCCCACUCAUAAGUCGUAGUUUAGCAGCGAUACAGAAUUACGAGGACGAAGCAGAGUUAGCAGACAUGGCAGAAACUGCUAAUCCUGGAAGUGAUGUUCCUCCAAACCAAACUAUUUACAUCAAUAAUCUUAACGAAAAAAUCAAGCUUGAUGAACUGAAGAAGUCGCUAAAUGCAGUGUUUUCUCAAUUCGGAAAGAUAUUAGAGGUGUUAGCAUUCAAGACAUUGAAACACAAAGGCCAAGCUUGGGUUGUUUUCGAUGAGGUUUCUUCUGCUACUAAUGCGCUUCGUCAAAUGCAAGGGUUCCCUUUCUACGAUAAACCGAUGAGAAUACAAUAUGCAAAGACCAAGUCAGAUGUUAUCGCAAAAGUAGAUGGUACUUUUGUUCCUCGAGAAAAAAGGAAGAGACAUGAGGAAAAAGGUAAGAAGCGGAAAGAACAACAUGAUGCCAAUCAAACAGCAGUUGGUGCAAACUAUCCUGGAGCAUAUGGUGCAGUGCCUCCUCUUUCACAAAUCCCUUAUAUGGGUGUGAAACCAGUCAUUGCGGAGGCCCCGGCUGCACCGAAUAACAUACUUUUUGUUCAGAAUCUUCCACACGAGGCAACUACCCUGAUGCUGUCAUUACUGUUUAGACAAUACCCUGGCUUCAAGGAGGUGCGUAUGGUGGAAGCAAAACCAGGGAUUGCAUUUGUGGAGUAUGAAAAUGAAAUGCAUUCAACAGUUGCAAUGAACGCCCUCCAGAAUUUCAAAAUGGUCGGAGAUCAUGCAAUGUUAAUCACAUAUGCAAAGAAAUAGAUGAAGAUCCUUGUUAAAACCUAUAAUGUUUGGGGCAUGGCUUGUAACUUUAAGUCCUAAUGUUGUAUCGAGUUGCAUUUAUCUUCAUGCAUGUCUUCUUUCAUUCUGGUUAUAUAUAUAGUUCAGGAUGUAAAAAUAUUUGGCUGGAUGUUUUUGCAGCUACAAUCAAAGGCCAUUCAACACCCGGUUUCGUUCAUUUAUCUCGAGGUUUUGUUUGCCUUGAGAAAGUGCUUCUCUCUUAAAGCUAAUGUUUCGACAGUCGAUACUACCAUAUGUUUUGAACUGUGACAAGUGUAAACGCAUAGUCCUCUGUGACUUUGAGAUUGCCCCAUACUUCUCAAAAAGUUCUCGGUUUGGGAACAAUAUAGCACAAUUCAAAUGGUCGAAUGAGUAUUUUGCACGUU